UCACAUCAGUUCAGUUCUGUGCUGCCAGCCUAAGAGACACACAGGGAGAGAAUGCAGUCUUGUUCUGUAUGUUGUGCUAAGCUGAAUCUUUUUUACUUUAAACUUAAAGUUUAAAAGUCUUUUGUUUAUGACACAAAACAUAAGAUGCUUCCUUUCUACAUUCUGAGCUUCAUUGCGACAGUUGAGGCAGAGCUUUUGCUCGGCUCCUGCAGCUUUGACCAAAGCACCUGCAGCUACACAUCUGAUCCAGCCUUUCUCAGCUGGAAUCUCGACCCUAUCGGACACUUCAUCACAGUUGACAUGCAAACCCAGGAGACUUUGGGAAAGGCGGUUCUGUUGGGUCCAGAUGUGGACCAGCAGGACUGGAGCUGUUUUAGGAUGGUCUAUCAGAUCACAGGUAAUGCUUCUCUGCAGGUGCAGAAGCGUACAGAUGGAGAUAGUUUUGAUCAUGUGCUCUGGAUAACCCAAAGCCCAUCUGAAAGCUGGCUCAUAGCCAGCAUCGACCUUCAAAACGCUACAGAACCAUUCCAGGUUAUCAUUGAAAGCCAGCUAAGAAAAGGCAGCAGUGUUUCCAUCUUUGAGAUCAAGAUUUCUGACAAAUAUUGUAUAGAGUGUGACUUUGAAGAACCUCAGUGUGGAUACAGGAACGAGAAUAACAAAUAUUUGACCUGGCUUAUGGGAAAAGCAGAAGAUACGACACCUGAUGACAAGACAGGUUGGUACAUGUACGUAGACUCUACAGACACUAAAAGUUUCCAGGAUGUGGCCAAGCUGGUGUCACCAAUGACGACAGUCCCCAUGUCCGGCUGCUUGAGCUUUAUAUACCAGCAGCAUCAUUCCGGAGACCAUCUGUUCUCCCUGUUCAGUAGGGAUCAGGCUGGACAAUACCAGGAAUUAUGGAGAGCUGACCUACCUGAAAACAACCAUUUGGACUGGAAUCCAGAAGCCAGGGUCUGGAUACCUGUCCAAGUGGAUCUGAAAGCUCCAUAUCCAAUAGAGUUGGUGUUUGAAGUGGCAUUCAACAGUCCACAUGGAGGUUUCGUAGUUCUUGAUGACAUCACAUUCUCACCAGACUUCUGUAAUGCAGACACAGAACCGACCUUUGAUCCAUCCGUUGCAAACUGUAAUUUUGAGUCAGGAUUUUGUCAGUACACGCAGACCCUGACGGGCGAUCCACUGUGGAGAAAAGUCUCCAUACGACCCAACAUCUACAGUGUUGGAGAUCACACCACAGGAGCAGGAUCAUUUCUUUUGGCUAACUCUCGCUUGAAUUUACAAUCUGGAUAUGUCAGCCGUCUGUUUGGACCACCAUUGCCCAGGAAUCAGAAAUACUGUCUGAAAUUCUUUUAUUUCUUGCGAGGUAUUAGGGGAGCAGACCAAGUCCUGGCUGUCUAUCUGUAUUACAUAGAUGGUACUAAAGAAAAAAUAUGGACACAGAAUGAGAAGAUAAGAAACAUUUGGAUUGAAGCUGAACUGAGCAUACAGAGCCAAAAGAAUGCUCAGAUGGUUUUCAUCAGUACAUGCAAAAAUGUCUGGAGUUGUGGUUCUGUUGGUCUCGAUGACAUUAAGGUCAGCUCUGGUGACUGCUUAGCAUUAGCAUCAUCUCCGUCAAUCCCGUCUCAGUGUAACUUUGAAGCCGGUUUCUGUGGAUACUCUCAGGAUAAGGCAGACACAGGUGACUGGAUUCUGGCAAGAGGACCCACACCAACCUCAUACACAGGGCCGAGAGGAGACCACACUACUGGAGUAGGUCAUUAUUUGCACAUUGAAGCAUCACUUAUGCUACCUGGUAACAAAGCUCGUCUCCUGUCCAGCUCACUGCGGGGUUCUAGAGAACCACAGUGCUUACAGUUUUACUAUCAUAUGUACGGCUCAGGGACGGGUCAACUGAGUGUUUAUCUUCACACUGGACAAGACAACGAAGACAAAUUGUUAUGGCACCGCUAUGGAGAGCAGGGUGUGUCCUGGUUUCGAGCUUCAAUAACCUACCAGUAUGACCAACAACACCAGAUUGUGUUUGAAGCCAUGAGAGGCGCAUCAGUAAGAAGUGAUAUCGCAAUCGAUGAUGUUGUUUUUGAAAGAGGACCGUGCAGAGAAUCUGUUGAUGACAACAUCAGCCUACUGAGCCCAUCUGGAAAUGAUAUUAAUGAUAUUCAGUGAAUGUUUUUUUUUUAAACUGAAAGAACAGAGAAAACUUAAAACAUCUGAAACAUCUGUGUGCAGUUUUCAGUGAGGGUGAAAGGAAGGAAGUAACUGCAUAACAGAAUUAUGCAUGUUUUCACAUAGACUAUAGUUGCAGAAAUAUGCAAACAUUUUGGAUUUAUGCACCUGGAUUUAUGCAUUAACUAAGCAGAUACAAAUAUUAUGCCCACAUAAAUCUCACAUAGGCCUAGUUUUCUCCUACUGUACGUGUUAAGACUUUGUAUAUUGUUCUGUUUAUUUUCUACUAGAAGGUUUUAAUAAUUAUAUUAAUAUAUUAAACUUAUAGAUUUAUCCUUCUUGCUUGAUUUAAUUUGCACUUCAGUACAGGUAAAUUUAUUUUAGCCUAGUUGUAAAAUAAAACAUAACAUGUAAGGGGUUUUAUUUUUAUGUGAAUAAAAUAUAAAAUGUAUUAUUA